AUAAAUGCCAUGGAGAACCAAAGCUGCAGCAGGAAACUCCUUGGACUGUUGGUGUUGUUGGAAACCUUGGCUUUCAUCUGUGGAACAGAAGUCUGUUCAAACACGAUACUUCCAGGAUCUAAAGGCGAUCAAGGUGAUAGCGGGGACGAAGGUGACCAUGGAAAGCUGGGAAAAACAGGCCCUCCAGGACAAAGAGGAUUGAGAGGGGAGCUUGGGAGCCAGGGAGAGGAGGGACGGACUGGGAAGCCGGGCCCUGCUGGAGAGAAAGGAGACAAAGGAUUUCGAGGAGCUGAUGGACCCAUUGGUCUCAAAGGAAAACCUGGCACGACCUGUGACUGUGGAAGAUACCGGAAAGUUGUCGGACAGCUGGACAUCAACAUUGGGAAGCUGAAGAACUCUGUGAAGUUCAUGAAAAAUGUUAUUUUAGGUAUCAAGGAGACAGAGGAGAAUUUCUACCUGAUUGUCAAAGAGGCCCGAAAAUUCAGAGAUGCUCUGAUGAACUGUAAACUCAGAGGAGGGACCUUGGCCAUGCCAAAAACUGAAGAUGCCAAUUCCUUGAUCGCAAACUAUGUCAGCCAGGCUGGCCUCACCCGCGUCUUCAUUGGACUGCGCAGCUUGGAGCAAGAGGGCCUGCAUGAAUACACAGACAGCUCCCCCCUGCAGAACUACACAGCCUGGGCUCCUGGCAAACCUAGAGACCCGCCCACAAAGGACAACUGUGUUCAGAUGGCCAGCACAGGGGCCUGGAGCCAGGUGGACUGUGACAUCACAAUGUACUAUGUCUGCGAGUUCCUCAAGAGGAAGAGAGCUCCUGCCACUGAGUUGUGAGGUCAUAAUGGGAUAUAAGGUCAUGAUGCAGUGCCUACCAUGAGCAGUAGGAUGGCUGGAGAGCUGAAUUUGCAACCAAAGGAAGAAAAUCUGUGCUCUGUAGCAAAGUACUUAACCUCAAAUGCCAGACAACAGCAUGUGUUAACAAAUAAAUAUGAAAUGCUCUUACAGUGUGAACGUAAUGUCUGGUGAUGCAGGCAUGACAGAUAUGUUCAUGAGGGGAACAUAUGAAUAAAAUUGUCAUAGUGCUUGAUAUAACCUA